UUCAAAGCGCAAUAUAAUUCAGUGGCAAUCAGAUUUUUUAAAUUCGCUAGUUUGAGGCCUACUUAUUGUAUUCUUGCUGGAAGUAGUGGUACACAUGUCGUAUGUGUUUGUACUAUUCAUCAAAAUGUAAAAUUGAUGUUAGAAGGAUGUAAUUUUCCAAAAUUUGCGAAAAACACCGAUUGGGUUGUAGAAUCUCAGCCAAUUUACAAAAAUUUAUUAAAUAAAUUAGUUUGUAACAAUCCAAAAGAAUCGUGCUUUUCCAGAAUGUGCAAUAGUUGUCCAAAUAAUGAAGAAAUCGCUGAUUAUUUUCGUGUGUCGUUUAAAGAAUCUGAUGUUAAUGAAAUCCAAUAUAAAAUGUGGACAUCAACAGACCGUUGUACUAUUGUGAAUGUUACUUCAGAUUCCGAAGACUUCAUCGAAACUUUAGUGACGCAACUUGAUAAGCUUUUGAAACAUGAUUUUAUUGCGAAAACACAAAGUCAAUUUUUUUCUGAUACAAAACUAAAUUUAAAGAGCGGGGAAUUCGCCGUAGUAUUUGACUUUGCGGAAAAUUAUGCAUUUGUUGUGCAGGAAGCAGCUCAAGGCUUUCAUUGGAAUAAUGAUCAAGCUACUAUAUUUCCAAUGGUGAUUUAUUAUAACGAAAAUGAUACUAUUAAGCAUUUGAGCUUUGUUGGUAUUUCAGAUUGUCUUAAGCACGACACAGUUUUAAUUUAUUUAUUUCAAGAGCAAUUGAUUGCCUUUCUUAAAAAGAAGUUUGCUGUUAUCAAUACGAUUUUUUACUUCUCUGAUGGAGCUCCACAAAAAUUCAAAAACAAGAAAGCAUUUACAAACUUAUGUUAUCAUUAUGCUGACUUCGAAAUCAACGCUGAGUGGCAUUUUUUUGCAACUGCCUAUGGCAAAACACCAUGCGAUGGUUUGCGGGUUCAUUAA